AUGACUACCCUCGCCCCCAUCUCGUCCUCUGAGAGUGACCUAAAACGCUUCCGCACACCGUCGGCGACGCGCGCCGGUCGCGCACCAUCAAGUGAACGGUUUGCCAGUGCGCUGCGCGCCCUCAGUCCUGGCCGGGCGCCAGUACCGCGCGGAUUGAUGGAAACCAUGAACGAAGAACACCGGGGCCGUGACCCACUCAUUUCAACUGGCCGCGGCGGUGCCGGAAACAUUGUCCGCGAGCUCUCGUGUGGUCCCGACGAACUUGCAGGCGAGAGAGGUCGUGAGCUGCGCGACCAUUCCGUCGACAGAGCUACCCAUUCCGGCCGCGGCGGGGCAGGCAACAUCCGCUCCCCGAGCCGUGACCCCAAGUCCCAAGCCAUAUGCGAAAUGCAAGAGGACGCGCUGCAGGACGCUCUUAUUGCUGAGCGCCGCGGCCGUGCCGAGAACCAGACUUUCACGACCGGUCGCGGUGGGGCUGGUAAUAUCGAGAACCGUUCGCGCUCGCGGUCCGAGGCGCGCGACCCAAGCAAUCCGAAUAUGAACUCGCCCCUGCCUAGAGGUGGUUCCACUAGCCGCACGCGUAAUGGCCGCGAGGAGAGCCGGAACCGCGGUUUCCAUGCUGGUCGUGGAGGGUAUGGUAAUAUUACCGAGGAGGCGAGCGAGGAGGAACUCGCGCGUCGUAGGCAAGAGGAGCUUUAUGAGGCGCAGGUUAAGAAGAAGUACGAAGAGGGCGAGCCGGCGCUUCUUAAGACGACUGGUCGUGGAGGCGCGGGAUCGGUCCUUCAUGACCUCGCCCCAGUUGAUUUCGACACGCUCUCGCUUGAGGAACGCGAGGCGCGCGACAAGUUUUACAAGGAUGAAGUCAAGCAGCCGAUCCGCGGCGGGCGUGGCGGCGCAGGCAAUAUCGUGCCCCGCGAGGAGCGCGGGCGCGAGAGUAACCACCACCACCACCACACGACCAGCACGGGCAGCGUGUUCGGGAGCAUGCUGCGUUCGCUGUCGCGCGCCGCGCGCGGCGAGAAGGAGCCGACCAAGUAG